AUACGGCUUUUACGACUGCAUGAGAAUAGUGUUGAGAAUAACAAGCUGGCCUUGAGGAGAACAGACUGUCUUUUGAUCCUGAGAAAAUAGAGUCUAUGUGUCUCAUUAAACUUGGUAAACUUGCUGUUAUCAACUUUGUACGUGCUCAAGCUCCAUCUGUGUAACCUUGAUUUUUGUAAGUUUUUCCCUUGCUCCCAUGCAUAAAACGACUCGCUGUAGAACUAAAGUUUUGUUAGUUUCCCAGAGAGGCUGUCCGUGUCCUUUUUUCAGAAUCUACUCUGCUGAGCUUUCCACAAGUGGUGCCCAACGUGGGGCCUCGAAGUCACGACAAGUUGAACACGGAGAAAGAUUCCUGCAGAAAGAGAUGGAGAAGAUAUCUGGGCUCUGCAGCGAUGUAUAUGUCCUCAACAACCAGGACCCAUCGGGAGCAAAGAAAUGGGUGACCCACAUCACCAAGAGAAUGGCCACAAUGUCACUGGAGGAAGAGAAACAACAGAAAAGAAGGAGAACUGCUCCAGCUCAACCAUACCCCACUUGGGCACAGAUCAAGAAUCUGACAAGGAAAGCUGAAGAUGUACUGAAAGAAACCAGAACCCCUUUAACUCCUGAUAAACUUUUCUUGGGUAUGCUAGCUGUAUUGUCUUGUACAUCGGCAUUGAGUGCUAAUUAUACAUACUGGACUUACAUUCCUGCUCCGCCUUUGUUGCAAUUUGUUGACUGGAGUGAACCUAGCCCUCUGGUCUUCACUAAUGAUAGCCAACACUUCCCUCCUCCAUGGUCUAGAGCUGGACCUACUCAUCCUGAUCAAGAGGGGAAAGCAAUCAAUAUAUCCAUAGGGUAUAAGGUUUUACCUAUUUGCUUUGGUGCAAGUCCUCCCUGCAUGUCUAUACUUCCUCAAUGGUGGGGUUAUUCCUAUAAUAAUGGCACAGGUUUUAGGUUGGGGUUUUUUGCUGCCACUUCAUUUCUGUUAAAUCAAUCUGAAAGGUACUAUCAUGGGCAAAUUUUUAACAGUACAAAGGCUUUAUUUUUACCUGAGGAGCCUCCCUCUGAAGCAGUAUCCUGGCAAAGAAAACAUCAGGGCCCUCCAUUAUUUUGGUCUGAGUGCCGGGGAGUUGUUAGAAAAAUAUCUCAUUAUUUGAAUGUUACAUUUAUUGAUUGGGGACUACAUGGAAUGUUUGUUAAUUGCUCUGAUUGAGAAGAGGGAAAUUGUAAUGGGACAAAAAAUAUUAGAUUUAAUCUUUCUUUGGGGGGACUAUGGCAUCAACAGAAUGAUAUCCUCAAUUGGUAUAAUGGUGGCCUGUCUCCACCCAGGCCCUGUAUGAUUCAUCCUCAACUCAGGCCUGAACAUUGGCACAUCUGGAAAAUACCUGCCUCUUUACACCAAUUUGCUACCCUUGUAGGACAUGCUCGUACUUCAGGCCCCCAAAAUUAUACUAUCACUUAUAAUAGCACUGGGUUCAUUCAAGCAUGUGUACACCCUCCUUUUCUGUUUGCUAUAGGAUAAUUCAUUAUUACAAACUCCACACAACUUGUCAAUUGCACAAACUGUAAACUCUACACUUGCUUAAACCAUAGUUUGCCAUUCAAUCGUAGUAGGGAGGGAAUUUUCCUUAUGAAACAGAGAGCAGAAUUAUGG